AUGGUACGCACGAAGAAGCCGAUUUUAAUUGACGGACGUGGACACCUGCUUGGCCGGUUGGCUUCGGUCGUCUCCAAGCAGAUCCUGUCCGGAAAUGCAGUGGUGGUGGUGCGUUGCGAGGGUCUUCAACUGUCCGGCCAUUUCUUCCGCAACAAGAUCAAGUUCUUGGCCUAUCUGCGUAAACGGUGCAACGUCAACCCGGCACGCGGUCCUUUCCAUUUCCGCGCUCCGAGCCGUAUGUUGUGGAAGGCCAUCCGCGGAAUGGUUCCACACAAGACCAAGCGCGGUCAGAAUGCGCUGCGUCGCCUGAAGGUGUACGAAGGUAUCCCGCCGCCAUAUGACAAGAUGAAGCGAGUGUGUGUUCCGAUCGCCCUGCGACAGCUGUGUUUGCGUCCUGACCGAAAGUACUGUACGGUCGAUCGCGUUGCCCAUGAAGUGGGUUGGAAGUACCGUGAUGUGGUAAACAACCUGGAAGCCAAGCGCAAGAUCAAGGCACGCAUUGCUUACAUGCACAAGAAGAAGUUGAAGAAUAUCACCUGGAAGGCUCGUGCCGUCGUUGCGAAGAGGAUUGAGCCGCAGAACGCUGUUCUGCGACAGUAUGGCUAUCUGACGACGGAAUUCGAGAAGAAGUACAACCGGCCAGUGGUGACACCAGUCGCACCGAAACUUGGCAAGCGCAAGCGCAAGGAACUGUACGUUGCCGCAAAGGCUGCCCGUAAAACAGCGAAGUAUGCAGCCAGAGCCGAGGCCAAGCUGAAAAAGGCAUCGGCACCCAAGAGCCCGGCCAAACCGAAGGCAAAGGCUUAA